AUGACGGCGGCAGCGGCAGCGGCGGCGCUCGUGGCGGCGGUGGCGAUGGUGGCGGUGGCGCCACAGGCGAAAACAGAGGAGGCGGCGGCGUGGCUGCCCGCGCUGCACCGGGCGUGCUUGCGCUGCCUGUGCGAGGCGGCCACGGGCUGCGACGCGCGCAUCGGCUGCGUCAAGGGCUACUGCGGCCCCUUCAAGGUGUCGCGCCUCUACUGGAUGGAGGCCGGCAACAUCACGCUGCCCAACGACGACCCCGAGCGCGCCGGCGCGUACGAAGACUGUGCUCGGCAGUAUAUGUGCAGCUCCCGACUAGUGACUAGCUACAUGUCGAAACUGAAAAAGGACUGCAACGGCGACGGUCUGAUAAACUGCGAUGACUUCGCCCUGAUCCACUUCAACGGGGGCUACAGCUGCGAGCAGCCGCUCAACCAGAGCAAGGCUGGCCAACUGUACGCCGCCCGCUACGAGCGCUGCCGCCCCAAGGACGACGAUCCAGAUCCUCUUGGGCGUACUGUUCUGUCUAAAUGAAGCCGUAGCAGCUCAGUUGUCCCGAGGAACAUUUGAGCAGCGUUCCGACAGCGCACGAGUUUUCAACCUUCCUUCCGCUGCUUGGGAGAGCCGAGAUGAGAUACUUUCAACGAGGUCCUUCUUUGUGGCAAUGACCCAAUAAUCAUAUUUUACCUGGAGAAUAUAUUUUUUCUUGGAUUACGAAUAUAUUACUUUCAAAAUAUUUUCAAAAUUAGUCUUGCGAUCUAACAAAUCAAACUAGCGGCUUGUGCUAUCUGGUUGUAUUGUUCAGCAUAAUUAAAAAUAAUGAAUCAAAUUUAAGAGGUUCAGACAAAUUCUAAGCGUUAGUGUUACUAUAAUAUACGGAGGGCAUUUUCAUAUAUAUUGUAGUCAUAUGAACAUCCAAUUUUGUUUUUUUUCCUUUUGGCCGAGACAACUACAACAUCAGUAUGAAUUGGAGAGCAAAUGUAUUGAACCUACAUUAUGUGACCAAAAAAUAUUUAAGUACUUUAAAUUUAUGUAGAAAAUUUCAAAAUUACUAGGCUUUACUGCCAUAAACACACGGAACAAAUUUCUCAAAAUUUAUAAUUGUGUGCAAUGUAAAAAAUAAACCCCUAUAAAUGUGCUGCUAUGUCGAGCAAUACGUGAAUUUAUGUAUGGAUUCAGCAUUAGAGUAUUUAGUAUUUGCUAUUAUUUUAUUAUGAAGUAAUGCGAGAGCUUAGCUUGCCACAUUAUAUUCUCUUUCGAAAAACGGAACAAAUCUUAUCUUAGUGGAUUAAUUGUUUAUUUUCUUUUACGCUAAGACAUAACAAAUGAAAGAGUUUGGUCAGUUUAAUGAAAAAUUUUAAAAUAAAAUGGAAAAGUAAGGUCGAAAUCUAUCAGCCAUAAUGUAUUUUUCUGCAAAUUCGGAGUUUACUUAAAUCACAAUAGUGGUACAUUACUUAAAUUACAAUUGUAUAGAUUUAUUCUAGGAAUAUUUCAUUGUUUCUUGGUCAUUCAAUGAAAGAAUAUCUUAGAUAAGAUAAGAAUGUGUUUAUAAUAGAAAAUAAUCACAAUGCCGUGUAAAUUAAAAUAAAUUCUCUGACUCUCUGAUUCUCUAGUGUCUCUACACUUACUGACAUAAAAAUUAAUUUACGAAGAAAAAACCUGCCGUUAUCUUGCAAUUCACCAAUAAUGUACGGUGAUGAUAUAUUAUGAUUUUAUAUUAGGCUAUUAUGAAGCAGUACAUAGAUGCUGAUCAUGAGAGGAUUCAAACAAUGUGACAAUAUGUAUUAUUCCUUCGCUUAUGUAAUUGUGUUAAACUAAUCUAAAAAUUUACUGUAAUAUUACAACACUUUAAUAAAUCAAACAAUUAAAA